AUGUCUCGACAGCGUUAUGUCCAGGCGUUUGAAAAGAAUUCGAAGUUAGGGGUGAUGAAGAAACGGAUUAUAGGGACCGCUGAGAUCAAACAAAUAUUGGCCAAUGAGUACUUUGACAAUUCGAUGCUUCCGAUCACGAAAUUACGAAUUGACGAUAUGGUGAAGUGUUUCAAAAACAGCACCGAUCACAUCACAAAACGGAUCUUUAUCCAAAUGAUGGAAUAUUUGGAUGUAUAUGUCCAUCGUUGGGGGAAGCUUUCAAGUGAAGUUGUCGCCUUUAUGAUGUUCAAAGGUCUUGACAGGAAGAGUGUUGGAGAAAUCACGUACAAUGGCUGUACAACCGACUUAAAGAUGUAUUUAGAGAGUUUCAGUGAAAUUGUUCCCGGGAAGUCUUCUGAGAAGGCGACAGAAAUUAUUGAGAAGUUGAAGCCGGUGUUUUAUGGUAAAGUGUAUGCGAAGUACGACACAUCAAAAAUUGGGGUAACGACACCAAUUGUUCGUAAGUUGUUAAUCGACAUCUUUCAAAUCGAAAAGACUAUAACCCCUUCUCUCAUCAUUUUAGUCAACGCAUUGGCCAAAGACAAUUUGGUUUCUCUUAGCAAAUUCUUGAUAAUAUGUAAUGCUCUAGAAUGGGUCAUUGAAAGAACACAACACCUCACUAUCCUUGAAAUGUUCACUGCAAUAUUCUAUGUCUUGGAUAAAGAAUAUCGUGGAGUUGUUCCAGUCGAAACAAUUAAACUGUUUUUAACCCAAAUUGGGUCUUCUGUUGCUGUCAUGUCGACAUGUCCCGAUUAUCAAUUAGUCGAAUUCUUACACUACGCCGAGACGAUAUCUGAGAACAUCUUCGACUUCAAAAAGUUCUACGAACACAUAUUUGUCCCAGUAAAUGACUUGAAAUCACUUUCGCCACUGACUCUUAUUCAAACGAAAAAGACUGUUCCCGUCUUUGUUGGGACGACGAAAGGAAAGACGGAGUUUUUGAAAGAAGUGUUUGAUAAGCUUGAAAUAGACAUUAGACUCCAAAGUCGUAUUCUGGACGAAUUACAAAUUGAAGAGAAAACGCCGGAAGUGAUCAACUUUGUUUCGAAAGUGUUUAAUGAGAAUGUGAGGAAAUAUGGCCGAGAUGAAGGUGUUGUUCGCGCUAUAUUCUUCACAUUCCAGUAUCAUGGAAUCGACUCCGAAUCGCUUGUUUUGUGCUCGAAAAUCCUUGGCAUGGAAAUAGAUAAAAACAGUGCAGACUUUGUGAUCCAAGCAUUUGUGGAGGACGACACGGACAAAUUGAAUGUCGACAAUUUUGUGAGGUAUUGGAUGAAUCUCGAUUAUCCACGUGUUGAUGACACUCCGAGUGAAAAGGCGUCCAAACUUACGAAACGAACAUUGUCGAUGUUUAGAGCACUCGAACACAAUGGGUUUGUCACAAAGGAUAAGAUCACGGAAUUCAUCGCAAAGCAAUACGGGUCACUAUCGUUCGAAGAGAUCCAGUGCAUCACCAUAUUAUUUAACUACUUGUCCUCAUUUAAAGAGGAAUUGACCUUCUCACAGUUCAAGUUGUUUAUGGUGGCUUAUGAACGGUCAAUGGGAACAACUACACUGUCUCUCGAAUUAACAACAGAAUGCAUCUGCAACGCUAUUUGGAAUUCCCGACAGUUCCAGAUCCUCCCGGCGCUCUUUAAUAUCACACAAGACGAUCUUAAAACGUUCAACGCGAAAUGUCAAGCAGAGAAGAAAGAUCCUUCUCCAAAGGAGUUCACUAGUUUUGUCGUCCCGUUGAUACAAAAGACUCAAAUCUUCUAG